AUGCUAAAAAUUAUUUUACCCACAAUCAUACUACUACCAACAACCCUCCUAUCUCCCACAAAAUCCAUAUGAACUAACACCACAACCCAUAGUCUCCUAAUCGCCAUAAUCAGCCUACACUGACUAGCCCCAUCCUACUACCCCCUAAAAAACCUAACCCUCUGAACAGGAAACGACCAAAUCUCAACUCCACUACUAGUCCUUUCCUGCUGGUUUCUCCCACUCAUAAUCAUGGCCAGCCAAGGCCACCUUCAACACGAACCCCAUGUACGAAAACAAAUAUUUAUCACAACCCUAAUUAUCAUUCAACCAUUUAUCAUCCUAGCAUUCUCAACAACAGAACUCAUCUUAUUCUACAUCUCAUUUGAAGCAACCCUCAUCCCAACUCUAAUCCUAAUCACACGAUGAGGAAACCAACCAGAACGAUUAAGCGCAGGCAUUUACCUAAUAUUUUAUACCCUAAUUAGCUCACUCCCCCUGCUAGUAACCAUACUCUUCCUUCACUCAAAAACCGGAACCCUUCAUCUACCCAUCCUAAAACUCUCUUACUCCAACCCCUCAACUUCAUGAACAACCCUACUAUCCAGCCUGGCCCUCCUCCUAGCAUUUAUAGUCAAAGCACCACUAUAUGGCCUACACCUAUGAUUACCAAAAGCCCAUGUAGAAGCACCCAUCGCCGGCUCAAUACUACUAGCCGCCCUACUUCUUAAACUAGGAGGCUAUGGCAUUAUACGAGUUACCUUACUAAUAAACCCAAUACCAAAUUCACUUUACUACCCAUUCCUCACCCUAGCCUUAUGAGGUGCUUUAAUAACUAGCUCCAUCUGCUUACGCCAAACAGACCUAAAAUCCCUCAUUGCCUACUCAUCUGUAAGCCACAUAGGCCUAGUAAUUGCUGCCAGCAUAAUCCAAACCCAAUGAUCAUUCUCAGGGGCAAUAAUUCUUAUAAUCUCCCAUGGACUUACCUCCUCCCUCCUAUUCUGUUUAGCAAACACAAACUACGAACGAACACAUAGCCGUAUCCUCAUCCUCACACGAGGCCUACAACCACUCCUACCCCUAAUAUCCCUAUGAUGACUCCUAGCCAACCUAACUAACAUAGCCCUUCCCCCAACAACCAACUUAAUAGCAGAAUUAACAAUUAUAAUCGCCCUCUUCAACUGAUCCUCCCCCACAAUUAUCCUAACCGGAAUUGCCACACUCUUAACCGCCUCCUACACCCUAUACAUACUCCUAUCCACCCAACGAGGCACCCUACCAUCCCACAUCACAACAACCAUAAACUCAAACACACGAGAACACCUCCUCAUGGUCCUCCAUAUCAUUCCCAUACUCGCCCUAAUCCUAAAGCCAGAACUAAUCUCAGGAACUCCUUUAU